GGCGUCUCCAAGAAGCCUCCCUGAGCCUGCCUCAUCCCUCUCUCUGCUCUGCCCAGCCUUGGAGGGGAGUCUGCCCGAGACCCCUGGGUUUCUUCUGCCCACGCCCUGAGCCGACGCCAGACCCAAAUUGAUCCUCAUCCUAGAGAUUGUUCUGGUUCUGCCCCAUUUCCCUGGAGGCUUUGGGUGCUUUCCCUGAACUUGGAGGGUCAUGAAGCUGCUUCGUCUGUUUUCUGUGGGUGACCCAUAUAUCACUUGUACUCAUGACUCUUCUGACUACCAGGACCGAACAGAGAGGAGUCUUAAAAUUAUGAGCGUUUCAUUCUAUCUUGCUUUUCCCACUAUAAUGGAAGAGUGACGGGACUACCGAAUCUCAUCUCUGUGUGGUAACAAGGCCAGGACUUUAUAUAGUAUGACCGGAGGGAUUUGCUUUGACAAAGAUGAUGCUGUUGAUACGCGGGGAUGCCGAAAGAGGGACAAAAGAGCCCACAUAUACGCACUGUCGAGUCAGAGAAGUAAAUAAUCAUGGGGAUGCUAAGAUACCCGAUCCUUCAAUGAAGUUCAUUUUGUUUCAGUUGUGGCGCUGCCUUAGAGAAUUGUAAAACUGGUAAGAUCAAGUGCCUGUUGAAAGAGACUCACUCUUGGCUAAGAAGAGAAGUAGGAAAUAGGUUAAAUGGAAACCACCCUUGGGAGCUAGAUGCUUGUGUAGCUGUUUUACCUCAUCAGUGUUUUGCAAUGAGUGGAGGAGGAGAGCAGCCAGAUAUCCUCAGUGUUGGAAUCCUGGUCAAAGAAAGAUGGAAAGUGUUAAGAAAGAUUGGGGGUGGGGGCUUUGGAGAAAUUUACGAUGCCUUGGACAUGCUCACCAGGGAGAAUGUGGCACUGAAGGUGGAGUCAGCUCAGCAGCCAAAGCAGGUUCUGAAGAUGGAGGUUGCUGUGUUGAAGAAACUGCAAGGGAAAGACCAUGUUUGUAGAUUUAUUGGUUGUGGGAGAAAUGACCGUUUCAACUACGUGGUCAUGCAAUUGCAGGGUCGGAAUCUGGCAGAUCUUCGACGUAGCCAAUCUCGGGGCACAUUCACUAUUAGCACUACUCUUCGUCUCGGGAAACAGAUUCUGGAGUCUAUUGAAAGCAUACAUUCUGUGGGAUUCCUUCACAGAGACAUCAAACCGUCAAAUUUCGCCAUGGGACGCUUUCCCAGUACAUGUAGAAAAUGUUUUAUGCUUGAUUUUGGCUUGGCCCGACAAUUUACCAAUUCCUGUGGUGACGUCAGACCACCUCGUGCUGUGGCAGGCUUCCGAGGGACAGUUCGCUAUGCAUCCAUCAAUGCUCAUCGGAACAGGGAAAUGGGAAGACAUGAUGACCUUUGGUCUUUAUUCUACAUGCUGGUAGAGUUUGUGGUUGGCCAACUGCCUUGGAGGAAAAUAAAGGACAAGGAGCAAGUAGGUUCCAUUAAGGAGAGGUAUGACCAUAGGCUCAUGUUGAAACACCUCCCUCCAGAAUUCAGCACCUUUCUUGACCAUAUUUCCUCUUUGGAUUAUUUUACAAAACCGGACUACCAGCUUCUAACAUCCGUGUUUGACAAUAGCAUCAAGACCUUUGGAGUAAUUGAAAGUGACCCUUUUGACUGGGAGAAGAGUGGAACUGACGGCUCCCUAACGACCACCACCACCUCUGCCACCCCUCAGCUGCACACCCGCCUGACCCCUGCUGCAAUCGGAAUUGCAAAUGCCACCCCUAUCCCAGGAGACUUGCUUCGAGAAAAUACAGACGAAGUGUUUCCAGAUGAGCAGCUUAGUGAUGGGGAGAAUGGAAUCCCUGCUGGUGUGUCCCCAGAUAAAUUGCCUGGAUCUCUGGGGCACCCUCGCCCUCAGGAAAAGGAUGUCUGGGAAGAGAUGGACAUCAACAAGAACAAGAUAAAGCUCGGAAUUUGUAAAGCAGCUACUGAAGAAGAAAAUAGCCAUGGUCAAGUGAAUGGAAUUCUUAAUGCUCCAAGCCUUGGCUCACCAAUUCGUGUCCGAUCAGAGAUUACUCAGCCAGACAGAGAUGUUCCUUUAGUAAGGAAGUUACGUUCCAUUCACAGCUUUGAGCUGGAAAAACGUCUGACUCUCGAGCCAAAGCCAGAUACUGAUAAGUUUCUUGAGACCUGCAUGGAGAAAAUGCAGAAAGAUUCCAGUGCAGGAAAGGAACCUGUUCUCCCUGCUCUGCCUCAUAAGCCUUGUGUCCCUGCUGUGCCCCGCACUGACCACGUCUGGCACUAUGAUGAAGAAUAUCCUCCUGAUGCCUCCAAGCCUGCCUCUGCCAACACCCCAGAGCAGGCCGAUGGUGGUGGCAGCCACGGAUUUAUAGCUGUUAACUUAAGCUCUUGUAAGCAGGAGGUUGAUUCCAAAGAAUGGGUGAUUGUGGACAAGGAGCAAGACCUUCGGGACUUUAGGACAAAUGAGGUGUUAGGCCAUAAAACAACUGGAAGCCCUUCAGAUGAGGAGCCGGAAGUGCUUCAGGUCCUUGAGGGGUCGCCUCAAGAUGAAAAGAUCCAAGUAGGUCCUUGGACUGACAACCAGCACUUAAAGAAGGAAAGCUCAGGUGUGAUUUUAGCCCUUUCUGCUGAAUGCCCUGCUACUGCUGCUUCAGAACUGUACACAGAUAGGCUAGACCUCCAGGCUGGAGCUGCAAGUCAGUUCAUCACAGUGACUCCCACAAGUCCCAUGGAGGCACAAGCAGAAGGACCCCUGACUGCGAUUACAAUUCCUCGACCUUCUGUGGCAUCAACACAGUCAACUUCAGGAAGUUUUCACUAUGGCCCACAACCAGAGAAGAAAGAUCUUCAGCCCUUGGAGCCCACCGUAGAACUCUUCUCUCCAAGGGAGAACUUCUCGGGCUUGGCUGUGACAGAGGGUGAACUAGGAAGCGGAGGAAGCAGAGUGGAUUUGGGACUUCAGAUAGAUCACAUUGGUCAUGGCAUGUUACCCAACAUGAAAGAUGGUGACGCGUCUCAAGACUUAGGACCAAGAGACCUUCCUGACAGUAAUAGAUUAGUUGUGAAAGAAUUUGAAAAUCUCCCUGGAGAAACAGAAGAGAAAAGCAUUCUUCUGGGCUCAGAUAAUGAAGAUGAGAAGCUAAAUAAAGGGCAACACUGUAUUGAGAUCUCUCUCCCAGGAGAUUUAGUGACCACAGAAAGGGAUCAGUCAGCUACCACAGAACCUCUGGAUGUGUCAAAGACACAGAAUUUCAGUGUGGUGCCUAAUCAGGACAAAAACCAUGAGAUAAUGAAGCUUUUGGCAGUUGGAACGUCAGAAAUGUCUCCACAAGCCAUUGACCCACAUGCUGAAGGGCAGAUAGGCCAGGUGGCAACAGUGCAAAAACACAAGCUAUUUAAAGAUGACACUAAGAGUGAGAGCUUGCCAGGCCAGCAGGGAGACCUUGCUACUUUUUUGCACCAAGAGGGUAAGAGAGAGAAAGUUGCCCCUAGAAAUGGAGAGCUCUAUCACUGUGUCUCAGAGAGUGAGCAUGGGCCUCCUACCCGGAAGGACAUGCUUCGGUCGUCCUUGGUGACCAGGCACAGCCGGAUCCCUGUUUUAGCACAAGAAAUAGACUCAACUUUUGAAUCAUCCUCUGCAGUCUCUGCAAAAGAAAAGCUUUUACAGAAGAAAGCCUAUCAGCCAGAAAUAGUCAAACUUCUGGUAGAAAAAAGGCAAUUCAAGUCUUUCCUCGGGGACCUCUCAAGUGCCUCUGAGAAGCUGAUGGAGGAGAAGCUAGCUGCUGCUGCAGUUCCCUUUUCUGAGGAGGAAGUCUUCGCCCCCUUUUCCAGACUGGCAGUAGACCCCCAGCUGAGUAGGUCAGUUGAAGAUGGCUUUCUGUCACCCAUCGUCUCCCAGUCUAGAAAGAGCAAGAUUCCGAGGCCAGUAUCCUGGGUCAGCACAGAUCAAAUCAAUAGCUCAGCUUCACCUCAGUUCUUGCCUCGGCCGCCACCGGGAAAGCCACCAGUAAGGCCUGGAGUAGAAGCCAGGCUACGCAGAUAUAAAGUUCUAGGGAGUAGUAACUCUGAUUCAGACCUUUUCUCUCGCCUGGCCCAAAUUCUUCAAAAUGGAUCUCAGAAAUCCCGGAGUACUACACAAUGCAAGAGCCCAGGAUCUCCUCACAAUCCAAAAACACCACCCAAGAGUCCAGUUGUACCUCGAAGGAGUCCCAGUGCCUCUCCUCGAAGCUCUUCCUUGCCUCGAACAUCUAGUUCCUCACCAUCUAGGGCUGGACGGCCCCACCAUGACCAGAGGAGUUCUUCCCCACAUCUGGGGAGAAGCAAGUCACCUCCCAGCCACUCAGGAUCAUCAUCCUCCAGGAGGUCCUGCCAACAGGAGCAUUGCAAACCCAGCAAGAAUGGCCCCAAAGGAUCUGGCAGCCUCCACCACCACUCAGCCAGCUCUAAAACUCCCCCAGGGAAGAGUAAGCCAGCCAGUAAACUCAGCAGAUAGGAAGUGAGCAGGCUGCAUCUCUGGGAAAGGUGUGAGAUCUUCCUUCUAGACCUGAUGCAUGUGUGUCCCUGUACUGUCUGUUUCAAACAAUCAGUGUUGAUCUUCUCUUACAAAAGAAAGUAACAUGAUCAGUUAUUUAUAACAAGACUUAAGUAUAAUUAUCUAGGGCAGGUAGGAAGCACAUCAAGAGCCUUUGCAUAGGAAGCUUCGGUCCAGCAAUGUUUAAGGGGAAGAAACUCACUGAGCUCUUGUUUAAAGCUGCAUUUGAAACAGAAAAUUGAGGAUAGGAAAUAGAAUGGGAUUUUAAGUGAUUUUUUUCAUAAUUUGUUAAACCUCUACUCAAAAAGUAUAUAGCAAAAGUGUUUGAUAUUUUUAUUUAAAACUUCCUAACCUUGGAGAGUCAUUGCACAGACAUUCAAAUAUAAGAAGCCUGUUGCCAGGAAACCAUUACCUGGGUAUAUUUGGUUUGUGUGUUUAUUUAGUGAAUCUACAUCUUUUCCACUCAUUCUUAGUAUCUUUCCUGGAUUUUACAUUUUUUAAAGUUAAUGUUUUUACCUUUUAUUUUAACAACACACCGUAAUGUGUGUUACAGCAGUACACAAUAACACUCUAACAUCCAGUUACCUUUAUUUAUUCAAACCUGGCUAUUUUCCUUUGAGCAACAGUUCUUAUUCUUACCUCCUAUAUUUUUAUCUCAAAAAGGAAAGAAUGUCUAGCUAGAGCUAUUUUGGGCCGGUGUGCUUUGAGAGGGGCAGAGAGUGGCACAAUGGCUUUCAAAGGUAGAAGUGUCCCUCCCCCGACUACAUGUCCUCCUCGAAGAAGGAGACGGACCGGAGGAGACAGCUUUCCUGGGUUCUUUCUAGUGUCAGCUCUCAGGGUGAUGCUAGGAAAGAACAAUACUUCAGAUUGUGGCUUAUACUUUUUAGAAAUUUAGAAAUAAAAUAUGUUACUGAGGUUUACCAUCAGAUUUUGUAUUUUAUACAUUUAGCCAAUAAGGAAUGAAUACCUGGGAAAUAAAUUUAGACUAAAUAGUUUUCUUUCAAUGUUUUUAUUACCUGGUUCUUGUGUUGUUUAAUGCUUGGGCUUCUUAGCCAGAUUUCCACAUUUAUAAGACGACGUAAGUAUAAUUAGGGCAGGAAGGAAGCACAUCAAGAGUCGAUGCCUUUGCAUAGGAAGCUUCGGUCCAGCACAGUCCAAGGGGGAGAAACUCACUGAGCUCUUGUUUAUAGCUGCCGUUGACAUCUAAAUUUCAAUUUAUAAAGUUGUAAGGAUGAUAUUUGUUCUAAUCUCACUCUCCUACUAGCAGAAACCAGGCAAAUUAAAGACAGCAGACUUUUUAAGUGGGCUAUUUGACGCCCUGUGGCUGUAUAAAAACUUUAUUGAGGACAGGGAAGUUGAUGUGCCUGCUGUUGAGGUCUGCCUUUUAACAGACGUUACUUUUGACUAUUGCAUUGCUGCCAAACAGUUUGAGGAGGAGGGGGUAGGAAUGGAAGUGUCUUCACUAAGUGGACAUGUUCCGGUGGUGCAUCCCAACUGCCCUGGCGUUGCGCUGUCUCAGCUUGUUCUGUGUUGAGCGUUUGCAAACUUGGGACACUACACUGAGACACAAGGUCUCCCGUGAGAAAUGUGGCGUAGUGUGGAAUCUUAAUUCUUCCCAGGUUCAAGCACUUGUGAGCGAGGCCCACUGCUGUUUCUCUCUCACAACUGUGUGCUGGAGACUGAUCCUUAUGUAUCCUAUUGUAUAACUUUGCUGCAGAACUGCUUGCAUGUCUUUCAUGGUAAAUUAUAUAAAUAUUUAUAAAUAGAGACAUACGCUUAUAUAAAUCCAUUUUUUCUCAUUUUGCAUUUGUAAUUUCAAGAUCAUAGAUGAUAAAAUUCCUUUUCUACUAUGUGCCUCGGGUACACUUGGGCAUUGCCUGUCUUCAUUUUCUGAAAGUAUGUUCUUGGCAUGUGAUACGUAAGAGUCGUCUGCCUUCCGGGUGCAUAGUGCAGCAGCUGGCAGUUUUUACCAAGCCGAGGUAUAAGGUACUUAAUUUUCACUUAAAAAGUAUUUUAACAGGGGAAAAUUGUAACCAGAUAUGCUUGUAAUACAGGCUCAAAGAUGACUCAUGUCAGCCACAUAGUUCUGUCAUUAUGGCUAAAGUGGAUAGAUGGGCAUCAUAAUUAUGGAUCUGGCAUCAACUUUUUUAAACAUUUCCUGGAAGUUGCCUCUUUCGUGUCACUCUUUUGAAGGGGAUGGGAUGUAGGAUAACUGAAAUUAUCUCUUUCUGUUACAUUAGCUAAAUGAUGCUAAAAGUAGCCAGCUUUCUCACUGUCCUCUCUAGUCAGAAAUGUGCUGAUAGUAACUGGGAAAGCUAAUCGGGCCCAGCCUUUUUCUUUGUGAAUUUAUCUGCUGGCAGUCAUGCUGACACACAGGAUGUUUUCUGUCUGGGUUUACUUUCUCCAGCCUUUCAGUGUGUUGCCUCCUUUUCUACACGUUGUUAACAAAUUCAUCAAAUUCCAGAGACAAAAGGCCUCUCAUUAUGUGAGAAUGCUUUAUUUUGUAUGUAGUGAAAAGAGCCAACCAAAGAUGUUUCUGCUCUGAAGGAAAGGAAACAGACUGAGUAAUUAUGUCUUGUGUAUCAGUAAUUACAUUUAUUAAGUGUUGUCCUGAUAUAGAGGUUAGAAAGUGGAGCUGGGCGUGGCAACACACACUUUGAUCCUAGCACUCUGGAUCUCUGAGUUUGAAGCCAGCCUGGUCUACAGAGUGAGUUCCAGCACAGCCAGGGCUACACAGAGAAAUCCUGUCUUGAAGAAACAAACAAACAGACAAAGGAUUAAAACAUAUAGUUUGUGCUUUUAGAUGUUACAUUUCUUUCAGGUUAAAAAUAGAAGUUGGCAGCCUUAAGCCAACUCUUGGCUCAGGAGUAUGGUCUACAGAGAAUCAAGCUUUUGUUUUGGUUUGGAUUUUCAGUUAUUUUGAGAUUUAUUUUGAGGUUUUUGUUGAUGGCAUAUUCCACAUUUCAAUCACAAAUCAUCCAAGUAUAGUGAAGAACAUGACUAUAGCCAUAAUGGAAGUAGUGCAUGACAGAAGAAAUCUUUUGGGAAACAAGUACCUCCUGGCUUCUAUCUGCACAGGUUACUAGCUCAAGCCUGUCCUUACCUUAUUUAGUCUGUGUGAUUAUUUCAGUGGAGCAAAGAAUGGACACUUAGUUCCUAAUUUUAGGUAAUGUUGCCCCCCCAAUUAUACUACUGACCUGUAGGCUCUGUGAAUUGCUUAAAAUAUUAAAUUCAUACCUUGUAAUCUUGCACAGCCUAAAGAUAUCUGACUUUAAUGGAUAGUGAAAACAGGAAGGAAUUGGAUCCUAUCUGAUUCAACAUUAAGCUCAAGAUCUUAAGUCACCUUUCAAUGAAGCACUUAUCUCAGCUUUGGUACACAAGCUGGCCUUGCAAACAGGAGCACAGCCACCUUUAGUUCUUUAGUUGCAUGCUUUGCAAUGAAUGUUUUUGGUAAAAGUUGCAACAAGUUAAUCAAGGCCUAAAAAAAUAGCAACAAAAUGGUCAAAGACUUGUUGCCAUCACUGUAGGUUAUUUGCUCUAGCACACCAAACCACUGAAUGCUGAUGUUGUGUCCUACACAUGUAGGACCUCUGUCUAUUUUAUUCCUGGCCACUGUGGGAACUUGAGGGGCUGCAGCAGAUACCAGAGACUUUCUCGCAGUCACAGAUUCCUAGGCUGCUGUUUGUGUGGUUGCAUCCAUUGUACAAAGGAAAAGGUAUACAUUGCUGCAUGUUUUAUAAACCUAGACCACAUAGCUAGCUAGCUAAGUAAUAAUGAGAUUUUCUACACCCAAUAACCUUGACAAACAGGUGCCUUUUCCUUAAGGGCAGAAAAUUUUACAUUUCUAAUCUAACAUUAGGAAUUGGUGAUAGGAGAAACAGGAUCCACAAUUUAGUGGUUUAAGGAAAAAAAUUGCAUCUUGAAAAUGCUAUCUUAAAAUGUAUUUAUAGAUAAUCUAGAUUCAUCUGUGGAGAUCAGUUUCUCAUAUUUUAAAAACUUGUUAGCUAGGUGUGAUGGCUCAUGUUUCUAACCAAUCUUUGAGGGACUGAGGUGGGACGAUGGAAGAGAGCCUGAAGCCACCCUCUGCUUCAUAGUGAUUUCAAGUCCACCUGGGCUGUAGUGUGGGACCCUCUCCCCCCAAAAACAAAACAAAAACAUUAUUUUUUAAUUAUUAAGUUUUCAUACAUGUAUGUAUAUAUUAUAUGUUGAGUGUACCUCUCAUUUGUAUCUGUCAUGGCAUGUCUUUAAGAAUGACUUCUGUCAUGUUUAUGGUUUGCAUUCACUUUUUUACAAUGUGCCUAUUUAUGGCUUUGGGAUAUUGUUUCUGAGGAGAGGUCACCUCUGUCACUGAGGUAAUAGGACAUUUGUAACCAACUGUACUGCUUAAAUUCUUGAAUUUGGUUCUAUAGACAACAUAUUUGCAGAAUAGUUAUUUAUGUUUUAAUCCAAACGGAUUACAGGAUUACAGUAACAACUCUGGUGGUCCUUACAUACCAACAGUCUUUAUAGUCCUAACUCAGAAGCCACUGAAGUGCACAUUAGACCUUAAGAUUAUAGAGGAAACUAGAGGCAGUUCCACAACUAAGACAAUGGGAGGUGUGAUGCCUGGUAAGCAUGACCCCUACUUCUUCACUAAAACUUGACAAAACUCACAUUAUUGGGUAUUUGCCUUAUUUUGGCCAUUUCUCCAGAAUUUUAACAUACUCUUGGAGCCUUAAGGAUCUUGUUAUGCAAUAUUGCUUUCCACAACUGCAGAAAGUAGAAAAUUCCUAGGUAAGUCCCAAGUAUGGAACAAGAACCCCUGUUUACUUAGAGAAUAUGGGUAAAGUAUGUAGGCUUUCAGAUAAGUUCUUCCUCUUGUGAGAGGAUUUGCAUCAGAAAAUUAGUGAUAAGGUCAUCUCUUGGUUUCACAAAAAUCUCAAGAUGCUAAAUGGCAAAGAUUUACUCAGUAAUGAUUCCAGUAUUUGCUCCCACACAAGUACUAAUAACCAUGACAGCUAAGGCAAGUUCAAGGUGAUGGGAUGAUUUUCCUAUACUGUGCUCAAUCCUUGGUUGUAAGGAGCCUUGUAACAAAAGUGGUGUCCCUUUCAUUGUCCCUACAAUGUAACAAGUUUCUGCAUUUUCUCAUUGGAGGGGAUAAUAUCUACACUACAGGCUCAUGAUGAUGCUGACCACAUCUCCUGGUACCUUCAACCAGGAUUUCUAGACCAACAGCAGUAUGAAUGAGGGAGACUAACAGAAUUACAGAAUUUGCUAAUAACAUUAUUUUACAUUAACAGUGGGAAAGAGUUAUCUCAAUAAUUUAAAAUGAUUUUGUAUUAUAUACAUGAUUGUUUAAAGACAUUAGUAAACCAAGUUUUUAUGUAGACUAUCCUUGCCAUAUGAUACUUAAAACUCUUAUAAAAUGUAAUUUAAAACCUCAAAGUUGGAAUGUGCCCGGUGUUUUUUGCUCACGUCACAGCAGUAAACAAGGCUAUAGAGUUUGGCUGUGAUUUAUUUUAGGGAGUUUGCAAAGAAGAAAGCUUUGAGACUUUAUUCAAAACAGUUUGGGUUUGGGUUUUUUUGUUUGGGUUUUGUUUUGUUUUUAAUUUUGGGGGGGGGUGGUUGUUUUGUUUUGUUUUGUUUUUGAGAAGAGGUUUUUCUGUGUAGCCCUGGCCUGGAGCUCCCUCUGUAGACCAGGCUGGCCUCAAACUCUCCAGGUCUGCCUGCCUCUGCCUCCUGAGUGCUGAGACUAAAGGUGUGUGUCACCAUGCCUGGCUAAGACAGUUUUAUUAAAUUAUUCAUCAGUUAGUGAAAUUAGUUCUCUAACAUAAUUAAGAAAUUAAAAUAUAGGAAAUAAGUCUUUUAAGGCAAAGGAAAUGUAGUAUUUGGGCCACUCAGGGGAUUGAAAUUGGAUUAGAUUUCCUAGGCGUGAUGGUUAUGUGCCUGUAAUCUCACCAUGUAUGAGGUGAGGGCAGGAACAGGAGUUGAAGGUCAUACGUGUUGAGCUGCAUAGGCUCUGAAGCUGAGUAGGGCUCUAUGAACCCUGUCUCUAAGGGGGUGGGGUCUUAGAUGAGAGAGAGGAGACUGUUGGAUUGGAUGAGUUUUGAGACUACAGAUCUGAUGACCUGGGCUUGAGCCAUCUUGCUGUUCCCUGAUGCAGUUCUUCUCCUUUGACACCUUUCCUAAAUGCUAUCUAUUUCAUCAGACCAUUUAUUUCAGAUUUCAAGGUUUUCAGAAAAGGAGGCACAUCUCAUUUUGUAUUAAAUAUAAUAAGUUCAUAAGUUAUUAUUGGCAAACGUUAUCAGAUUUAGUCACAAUCUGAAUUCUCUUAUUGAACAAGAAAAAUAAGUCAAUGUUUUACUGUCCUCCUCUUAGCAAGAUGAAAAAUUGCUCUUUUCAAUGUAUCACAUUGUAUCCUUUCUCCUUCCAGCAUCUUCCCUUUAUGUGUCUUUGCUCAGGCAACCACUGGCAUAGAGUAUUGAAAAACAUGCAGUGCUUUUGUAUAGGCCAUCUGUACAUAAAAGUGUAAUUAUUUAUUUAAUUUUCCCAUUUGUACCAUAUUAAAGCUUUGUACAGUGUUUUAAGUUCUGUUUUAAAAUUAUUUUGUAUUUUAUUUUUAUAAUCUAGUAAUAAAACAUUCAGUCCGCAUGCAAA